UUUGUUUUACAUUUAGAACAAUACGUUCGGAUAUCUAUAGUUAGAAUUUACUAAUUUAUUGAUGAAAUGGCACCGAAGGGAGAAACAACCAAACAAGUUAAGAACUCUACCUCAACGUCUAGAAAAAACAACGACAUUAUGAAAGCUUUAAUUCUUGUUGGAGGCUAUGGUACAAGGUUACGACCUUUGACACUGAGUGUGCCAAAACCUCUCGUUGAGUUCGGAAACAAACCAAUCAUGUUACAUCAAGUAGAAGCUUUAGUUGAGGCCGGUGUCCGACAUGUCAUCCUAGCUGUCAGCUACAUGUCUGAAAAAUUAGAGCAAGAAAUGAAGAAGCAUGCCAUCAGGCUUGGUAUUGAAAUCACUCUCUCACAGGAAGAUGAACCCCUGGGAACAGCCGGUCACUUGCACUUGCGAAGAAGCAUCUAGCAGGAGAAGGGGUCAACCCCAUUUUUUGUACUCAAUUCUGAUGUCAUAAGUGAUUAUCCGUUCUCAAGAUUACUGGAAUUUCAUAAAUCACAUGGAAAGGAGGGAACAAUAUGUGUUGCCAAAGUAGAAGAACCUUCUAAAUAUGGUGUUGUUGUUUAUGAUAAACCUUCUGGCAGAAUAGAAAGAUUUGUUGAGAAGCCCCAAGAAUUUGUGUCAAAUAAAAUCAACGCAGGAAUGUAUAUUUUUAACCCAAAAAUGUUGAACAGAAUUCGGCCAGAACCCAUGUCCAUAGAGAGAGAGGUAUUUCCUUUCAUGGCUGAGGAAGGUGAAUUGUACUGUAUGGAGCUGGAAGACUUCUGGAUGGAUAUUGGACAACCUAAAGAUUUCUUAGUCGGGAUGUGUAUGUAUUUAACAUCAGUGAAAAAGAAGACGCCAGAAAAAUUGAUGACAGGACCGAAGUUUAUUGGAAACGUACUAGUGGACCCCACCGUUGUCAUUGGUGAAAACUGCAAGAUUGGCCCCAAUGUUGUUCUCGGACCAGGUGUUGUAAUUGAAGACGGAGUAAGAAUCAAGCGAUGCACGGUGUUGCGAGGAGCUGCCAUCAAAUCACAUGCUUGGCUGGAGUCAUGCAUCAUUGGUUGGGGGUCAAGGGUGGGCAAAUGGGCUCGCAUGGAAAAUGUCACCGUACUGGGAGAAGACGUGAAUGUAAAAGAUGAGAUUUAUCUUAACGGAGUUCGAGUUUUGCCACACAAAGGAAUUGGGGCUUCGUUACCUGAACCUCAGAUCGUUAUGUGAAGCAUAUGUGUUACUUAUGUGAGAUUUAUGUGAUAUGCAGUCAUUUUGGGGGUUAAAAAACUUUUUUGGCAUAUUUUUGUACGUUAUUGCACUUUAUUGGAAAGGAAUUUCCAAAAUUAUGGACACAUGGCAAAAUUUCCGAAUGAUUCGGACUUCGGUAUGAUUUAUUGUGAUAUAGCUUUGAAGAGGGUAACCCAGGAUACCAAGAUGUUAUCUUCUGUUUCCCUGACAAUACUUAACUGAGCUUUUUCAAGUCUCGUGUCGUGCUAACUAGUAUCUACUCAACCUCCAAUUUUGAGGAAAAAAAUUAAGUUUUCUAUUUCAAAGAUUUGAGGCGAGACUCGCUCAAUUGACCCAGAGAAGAAUUCUGCAAACUGCGAUUCUGGAGCCUCAUGCAGCCCUUUGUUCUUGAAAGGCUGACUUAAUAUUUUCCUCUAUGUGUCCGAUGACCAAACACACAUAGUUACGUGACACAUACUUAUGUGAAAUUUUUUAUGUGAAUUUUUAAAAUGCGAAAAGCCGAAGGGUAACAAACAGACAGUUACUAUUGUUUCAUUAUGUACUGCAGGACCAAGCCAAAUAUUCUUUUAUUAUUUUAUUUACUUUUUGAUAAUAUAUGCUUACAAUUCGCUAUUGCAGAGGCUGCAGUACACCUUUUGUAUCCGCUUAUGUUUUUAUGCUACCAUUUAUGGUGACUGUAUUAUAAUGCCAUUUGCUAUUGGCAGGAUAUAAUAACUAAUAAUUUUAAUUUAGUCAAAAAAUUAUCGUAGACGUUAUUAGUAUGUAGGUACUGUUAUCGCCUCAUCGCUAAUUUUCUGAUAUUUUUCACUUGAUUCUUAUUAUCGUAGGUUGCAGGGGCGUAGCAAGAGGGGGUUUAAGGGUCGUGUUUUGUGUGAAAUUUGUGUAACAUUUGCGACCCAUGAAAUUCGUUGCUUUCCCUCCCUGUGGGAUAGCGACCCCCAGUUUGAGAAGCCCUGACCUUACUCACCCUAACAUCUCGAUAUAAAAUCAAAAAAUGGGUAGUGUGACCAAACAAAGUAGUGCUACUUAUCUUAGUACUGUGGUGUAAUAUAUAUAUAUAUAUCUGUCUUAUUACGUAGAUAUUGCCCACAUUAUGCAGGAAUUUACCUAAAGUUUUUGAUGUCCAGAUAAUAAUAAUAAUUUCAUGAUUCUGAUUCAAAAUCAAUUUUGUGCUUUAUCUAAAACUUGAUUUUGACAAAGUAUAAAUUUUUACACAAUUCCCAUGAUAUAGCGAACGGUAUUUUACACCCUUAUUUGUGGGAAUUACAGAAAAUCCCUUGUUUCAAUAUUUCAUGUUAGGUAGUUGACAGAACGAAAAAAGCGAACGAAAUUUUUUUUUUGCCAGAAUCCCAUCUGGGAUGAAACUUUAUUCGUGUCGCCAUUUGCUGUUGCUUAGUUUACCAUGAUUCACUCGCAGCUCUCGGCAUUUUAACGUUUUUCGUAACUUUUUCAGAGAUGAGUCUUACUUCUGAGUGAGUGCGCAUAACCUUUUAUGUUCACAACUUUCUCAAAGAUGAGUCUCACUUCUGAGUGAGUGUAAACUUGCUUUCAGCACUUUUUGAAGAAAAUUCUCUACUUUAGGAUAAAUAUAGAAAUUGUGCCUUUUUAUUCAUUUUUACACCAAUAUUUAUGCUCAAUAGUAUAUAUCUCAUAACUAUAUAUCUUAUGAUUGUGUUUUUGAUGACAUUCGUGUUCAGUGUUUCAAAUGAUAUCCCCGCAUUUUGCUGUUUCUUAUGGA